AUGGUAGAGGAUUGGGCCAAAGAAAGAGAAAGAACACAAAAGCUGGAUAACCAGGACUCUUUGGAGGACCAAAUCAUUCGGGCUAACCCGGUGCUGGAGGCAUUUGGCAACGCCAAGACCAUCAGAAACAACAACUCCUCACGCUUUGUCAAACCCCAGGACCAGUGUGUUUAUUCCAUCAGUGCAUUGGUCAAAGCAAUCUAUGACCGCAUGUUCAAAUGGAUGGUAGAUAAGACCCUGGACACCAGGAUGCAGCGGCAGCACUUCAUAGGAGUGCUGGACAUUGCUGGAUUUGAGAUUUUUGAGUUUAACAGUUUUGAGCAGUUGUGCAUCAAUUUCACCAAUGAAAAACUCCAGCAGUUCUUCAACCACACGUUUGUACUGGAGCAAGAAAAGUACAAGAAGGCGGGUAUUGACUGGGUCUUCAUUGACUUUGGACUUGACCUGCACGCUUGCAUUGAUCUGCUCGAGAAGAAACAGUUGAACAAGCUGAUGAGCACUUUGAGAACCACCGCUCCUCACUUUGUGCGCUGCAUCGUGCCCAACGAGUUCAAGAAGUCAGGUGUGACAGAUAACUUCACCAGUUGGCCUGCAAUGGCGUGUUUUCGGGCAUCUGGAUAUGCAGGAAAGGAUUCCCCAAUCGGCUGCAGUUCCCAGAAUUUUUAACAGAGAUAGGAUUUAUAUGUAAAAACAGUCGGUCAAUUCUGCACUGAACUGAUGAUGGUACAAUGAAAGUUACAGUUUCACACCAAGAGGAAACAAAUCCUUUCUCCAGGGUGGCAAACACCAAAAGGAGGUGUUACGUAUAAUCAAAUCUGAAGCUCACAAGAAUGGAUAUUGCGUGUAUUUUUCUCUUCCAUCAUCCUGUUGUGCUACCUAUAGAAACUACAUCCUUAACCCCAACAUCAUCCCGAAGGGAUUUGUUGAGAACAAAAAGGCAUCGGAGCUCUGAGCUCUGAGUUCUAUCGGCCUGGACAGUAUGGAGUACCGAAUUGGCCAAAGCAAGGUGGAGGAAGGCAACCUGGUACGUGUGCAGCUUGAGCUGGCUCAAGUCAAGGCUGACAUCGACCGCAGAAUACACGAGAAGGGAAUAGUUUGAGGUGACUAGAAAGUAUCAUGCCCGUGCAGUGGAGUCCUUGCAGGCCAGCCAGCCUACAGGCAGAGGCCAAAGGGUGUGCUGAAGGACUGUGGAUGAAGCAAAAGAUGGAAGGAGACUUGAACGAGAUGGAAAUCCUGCUGGAGCAUGCCAAAAAGGAACAACGCUGAGCGAGUUGAAACCCUCAAGAAGCUGCAGGAUUGAUUCUGGUGAAAAGUCGAGAAAAACUGAACUCUGUUUAUCAUCCUUGCGUCUGCUUUCUUCUAAAGGAACUGCAGGUGCAGAUGGAUGAAGACGCACGUCUCAUGACGAGCUGAGGACAGAGAGCCCACUUGUGUGUCGCUCCUGCAUAGAAAAGUCAAUAAACUACUUGCAACUAA